AUGGCACAACCACCUGGGUUCACUGUUAAUGGUGCUUCCAACCUUGUCUGUCGGCUUCGUCGAUCUCUUUAUGGCUUGAAACAAUCUCCUCGCGCUUGGUUUGGAAGGUUUAGCAAUGUGUUGCAAGAGUAUGGCAUGACUAGAUGUGAAGCUGAU